CAUUGCCCUGUCUAUUUGCAGAGACUAAAAAUUGCAAAGACAACAUUCUUGAGGAAAGAAUAAUGUCUGUUGAUAAGCCUGAACGUGAGUUGUAUCCUGAUAUAGAACCAUACACCACGGAGCAUUUAAAAGUUUCUGAGAUACACCAUAUUUACAUAGAGCAAUGCGGAAACAGAUCUGGAAAACCAGUACUAUAUGUACAUGGGGGUCCAGGAGGGGGAACAACUCCACGAGACAGAAGAUUUUUUGAUCCAGAGGUAUACCGAAUUAUCUUGUUUGACCAGAGAGGAAGCGGAAAAAGCACCCCAGCUGCAGAACUCGAGGACAACACAACCUGGGAUCUGGUUGCAGACAUGGAGAAGAUCAGAGUACACUUUAAUAUUGAUAGGUGGGUCGUGUUUGGAGGAAGCUGGGGAUCCACACUCUCUCUGGCCUAUGCAGAGACACACCCCGACAGAGUUAAGGCUCUUGUUUUAAGGGGAAUAUACGCCAUAAGAAGAUGUGAGCGUAAUUGGAUCUACCAGGACGGAGCUAGUAUCAUAUUCCCUGACAAAUGGGAGGAUUUCAUUAAACCCAUUCCUAAGGCAGAAAGAGGAGAGAUGAUAAAUGCAUAUUAUCGACAUUUGACAAGCGAUAAUAAGGAGAGUCGUCUGCAGGCGGCCAAGGCUUGGAGUACUUGGGAAAUGGUUAUAUCAAGGCUAUUAAUAGAUGAGGAGAUGUUGAACAGAACAAAUAACGAUGAUUGGACUUUGGGCUUCGCAAGACUUGAAUGGUUAGUGAUACCAUAUUUCAGUCAUUAUGCUGCGCAUGGAGGUUUCUUUGAAUCGGAUGGACAGGUACUUAAUGAAGUGGACAAAAUUCGUCACAUUCCAUGCACCAUAGUUCAGGGCCGUUAUGAUGUAGUUUGCCCACCCGAAACCGCUUGGUUACUACACAAGAAAUGGCCCGAAGCUGAAUUCUAUAUGGUCCCUGAUGCUGGACAUUCCAAUCGAGAACCAGGGACAACAGCACGUCUUGUGUAUGCUUCGGACAAAUACAAAACUCUAUAAAUAGAACAACGUAUCUUCUGAAUUCUAACUGACAAUGAUUAGAACUGGGAUAAGAUAGUGUUAACGUCUGUCUCCCAGAUGAUAUUAAUAGCUGGCUUCUGAUGUGUGGUUAGCGUAUAUAUAUCUUAUAUACAUACACGUACAUUCUCUACCCAAUGACCAAAUGAAUUUAAAACCAAUAUGUUAUCGAAAAAUUACGUUAUUUCUCCGCCGAUCACCUUCAUAAAUCGUUAAAAUAGUUAGUUCCUACUUUCUAUAAGCAGUUGAGAUGACCACUAUUAAGAUACAAUGCACUAAUAUAUAUAAAGUAAUAAAAUAAUGUAAAGAAACGGGAUGCCCGCUACGAGACUGAUUCAUUGGGUAUAAACAAUUUUAGCAAAGGAACUUCUGCGAAUGUAUCGUCAGACUAAUGUAGUUCUACUUAUAUCUUUUAUCCAAAUUCCAUGUCAUGAGUUUUGUAGUAUGAUAUCAUUUAUUUCAUUGGCCCCGAGCUUUACAUCCAUCGACAGCAUUUGAAAUGAAAUAAUAGUAAACAUGACAGAUGGAAAUUGACGACGGUUUAAUGACGUUACGGCGCACUGGAAAGCGAUUCAGUUUUGUGUAGAUUUAAUAUUGAGGCUUCUGCAGACUUUUAAACAACUACAGAGGACGGAAAGCUAUCAAAUUAUCACCAGAUUUUAGUAUGCUAUAUAAUAAUUAUGACUUGGGUAAUUUUAAAGUGAAAACUUUGGCACCGCGUCUCAUGGCACAUACGGGAUGCGUGUACCAGUGAAAGUACUGUAUUGCUGUAGGGCUGAUCCAACUUUCUUAGCAGAUUUAUCGCAAAUAAUACUUUGACAUUAUCACCGGUAUGCCCUAAGGCGAUAC